AUGGCUAAGCUAAAUAGGUUUGUGAUAAUUGAUGGAGAAGGUCCUCAAGAGAUGUUUGAUAGAUUGAUGACCUUGGUUGGCAAAAUUAGAGGGUAUGGUUGUGAAGAACUUGAUGAUCACAAGGUAGUAAAAAUCAUGUUGGAAGCAUACUCACCAAGAAAUGAGACCGUAGUCACCUUGAUUAGGGAUAAGAAAAAGUUUGAGCACUUCACACCAAAUGAUGUGCUUGGAAGAUUAUUGACUUUUGACAUGCAAAGAGAAGAAGCAAAUGAGAGAAGGAAGCUCGGUGAGCUGCAAGCAAAACUAGAUGGCAUGAAGAUUAAAGAAGUUGCUCUCAAAGCCAAUAAAUCAAGCAAGAAAGGAAGCUCAAACAAGAUCAAGGACAGCAAGCAAGCAUCAACAAAUCAAUCCAAAGAACCAAAACAAGUGCAAACAAGAGAGGACACAAGCUCAUCUUCAAGUGAAGAAGAAGGAACACAAGGGGCUGAUUUCGAGAAAAUUGAUGACAUGGCUUUGUUUAUAAGGAAGUAUCACAAGGGGCUGAAGCAAAAUGGAUAUAAAGUUGUCCAAAGAAAGUUUCCAAACAAGAAAAAGAAAACUUACUAUAACUGUGGCAGCACCGAUCAUUUUGUUGCCAAGUGUCCUUAUGAGAAGAAGGAGAAUAACUACAAGAGGGACAACACUAGAGAAGGCAAGCAUGAAUACAAGAAGAAAAAUAAGCAAUUGGGAGAAGCACAUAUUGGACAUGAGUGGGAUUCAACUAAAGAGUCAAGUGAUGAGGAUAUGAAAGUUGCAACCUUGGCGAUUCAAGGAUCAUCCUCAACACCGAAGCUCUUCUCCAACAUGUCCGAUGACGAUGAUCAUAUCUCCCCUCACAUUUGUCUCAUGGCAAAGGGUGAGAAGGUAAAAACGAAAUCUAAAUCCUCUUUAAUUCCCAGUGAUAUAUCAAGUAGUGAACUUAGUGAAAGCUCUAGUGAUGAUGAUCUUAGUGACAAUGAUGAAUUCGUUCAAAUAACAAGAAAUUUAGAUCCUAAGACCAAAGUAUUUAUCACUAAACUAUUGGAGGAUUUAGAGAGUGUGCGAGCUGAGCUAGCAACAAGAGAUGAUGACUUACUUGAGCAAGAAAAUAUGUACAUUGCGUGUAAGGAAGCUCUUGUGCUGGAGAGAAGUGAGGUGGACUCUUUGACCAAGGUCUUGACCGAGGAACAAAGAGAACAUGCUCUCACAAAGAAGGCAAAUAUUGCACUCAACGAUAAGUAUUGUGUCUUAAAGGAAAAGCACAACAAACUCGAGAAGCAAUAUUAUCUUCUUUUGGAGAGCAACUCACAGCCCUCUAGUACAAAAGACACCUCUAAUUCCUCCACUAGCUUAAAAUGUGAAACUUGCCAUAAUGUUGACAAAAAUACUUAUGCUACUAACCUUAUGAACAUAUGUGAAAUGAGAAAAGAGAUCUCAAGAUUAAAUGUUGUGAUAAGUGAGAAGUGCAACAAGGUUAGUAGUGGCAAGGAGAGUUCAUCAAAGAAAACACAAUACAAGGAUGGAAGACACCCCUAUAUAAGGGAUGGACUUGGUCUAAAGAAAGGGGCCAAGACAAAUGGAAGAAAGGUAAUAAAUGGAUAUGAGUGUGUGAAAUUUACUAGCAAAGGAAAAAUAGGUACAGAACAGCCUGCACAGAAGGUGACACCAUGGCUGCCUCGAGCAGCACUGCCAACCAAGGGCGGCAGUGCCGCCACCCACUGGAAAGGGAAGGCUACCCAUACCUCCUACGCUAGUGACAAGUCCAAAAGGCACAUGUUCCCGCAGGAGAAAAAGAUUCAGAAGCCAAGAGAUCCAGUCUGGGCAAAGGGGAAGUGA